GGUGUCUGAGACAGAAAGGAGUGGGAAUGUUCUUGAACAUAGCGUCUCCCCGGAGGUCGUUCACCAUCCCCAUCAACAUCAACCUGCAGGGUGCUCGGAGGCGGCAGACACGAGAGCUCCUCCACACAGCAGCAGCGCAGGAGCAGGAGUGGAGCAGAGGGCUGGAUGUGUGGGGGCGGCCGCAGCGAGCUCGGACCCAGGCGCCGGUGUCGAGUGUUGGGGAGGACCGAGCCAUCCUGCUGAGCUUCGCCAUGAUGGCCUUCUCCGUGCUCAUGUUCUUUGUGGUCUUCAUCACUAUGGUCCAACCUUAUGUGAACAGUCUAUACUGGAGCUGUUCCUCUUUGUUUUCAAGUAACUGGGAGGAGGGGGUCCGCUGUGUGCUGCUGCAGGCUGACAUCCUGGAGGAGUGGGUGGACUGCAGAGGUGUGAGCACCGUGCCGUGCCUCAGGGUGACGGUGAACCUCAGCGACUCCAAUCAGAGGGCUCUCCUCCACUUUGACGAGGAGCCUCUCCUCCUCGCUCCUGAGUGUUUUUACGUUCCCAAAUGUCAGACGGACAGAGCAGAGCUGGAGGAUGAAGUCCUGAAGGUGAAGAGCAGCUUGGACUCUCAGAUGGGGGUCACCUCGUCGUGCAUCGCUGACCCCUCAGGGCACCCCAGGGACGUCAUCCUAAACAGGAAGUACACCCUGAGGAUCGCUCUGUUUACCCUGUUGUGGCCCGGCCUGAUGCUGGGGGGGGGGGCUCUGCUGGUGGGGCUGGUGAAGCUGACGCAGUGCUUAGCCCACCUCUCCUCAGGGAGCAGUGAGGCUGCAGAGGGCCGGCGUACAUCCAGACACUCUCAGGGGAAACUGUACCGAGUGCUGCGCAGGUCCAGCUCCCAGACGCCUCCCUAA